UCUUUGCAGAUUUGUUGGGCUACAAGCGAGCACGGUAUGUUAUUGUAAGACGAAGCAACGAUCCACUGGUUUUGUUCAUCACUUGAUUGAUUGAUCUCGAAGACCGGGAAAGAUGUUAAUCUUUGCAGCGACCUGUAGAAUAAUACAAGGUUUAUUAUAACGAAAGGUUUCCCGCUGAGGACGACAGCUUUGUAAAGAAGUUACAAGAACUGCAGUACAGCUUAACAUCGAUUCAUCAUUGAGAGAACGGGUCACCGGUUUCGGGAGAGGGAUCACUGAAGCUAAUGUUGCUGUUGCACUUGCAGCCCAUUCACACAGGUAGUAACAGUAAGAAAACAAGAACCCAAAGCCUCAAAAACAGUGCACUCAUUUAAGAAGAAGAAGUUUCUCAAGACGUUUUGAUCGAUUGGUUUGAGAAGUACAAGAUGUCUGACUCUGAGGGGGAAGGACCCCAACGUGAUAAGCAGCUCAAGAUUGUCAUCCUUGGAGAUGGUUCCUCAGGGAAGACCUCUCUAGCUACAAGGUAUUCACAGGACCAAUUUGGCAAGCAAUAUCAACAGACUGUGGGUCUGGAUUUCUUCUUGAAGAGGAUAGUCAUUAAAGAAGAUAUGCAUGUGACGUUACAAGUAUGGGACAUAGGAGGACAGACUUUAGGCGGUAAAAUGCUGGAGAAUUACAUCUAUGGAGCCAAGGGCAUACUCCUUGUCUAUGAUAUAACAAACUACAACAGCUUUGAGAAUGUAGAGGACUGGUAUACAAAAGUCAAGGAAGUCUACAAAGAUCAGGAACAUUGUCCUCACAUAGCCCUCAUCGCCAACAAGAUGGACCUUGAACAUAUGAGAGCUGUGAAGGCUGAAAAACAUCAAAGGAUGGUCGACAAUCAUGGCUUUUCAAGCCAUUUUGUCUCCGCUCGAACAGGGGACACGGUGGAUCUAUGUUUCCUGAGGAUUGCUGCAGAGAUCCUGGGCAUCACACUUAACAAAAGUGAACUGGAGAGAACUGCUCGCGUUGUAAAAGCUGAAGUCGUAAACUACAACAGUGACCCACUGCCUCGACCACCGUCCAACCAGGCACGGAGUUCUAUGUGUUCUGUCAUGUGAGGUACCCACCUAGUUCAUCAAGAGGUUCGUCAGGGAGGUUAGAGAACUCAUCCUAAGGGAGUUGGCUGUCUGUAACAAAAGAGAAGGUCUGUGAAGCUACACGGUGUAUCCAGAUUGGACUUCACUUCUCUGGUUCAUCCCUUCAUGACUAUUGACUAGUGUAUGUUGUUUGUAGACAAGUGAAUUCACCGAGCACUUGGGAAUGUCUACACCUUUGAACCCAGGACUUUAACAAAAGGGAUCCGUGUGUUUUGACUGAGCGAGGAUGUCCAUGUUUCUUUAUGACCAGUGUAUGUUCUUUGUAGACAAGGGGCUGGAUUCACUGAGCACAUGGGAAUCAUGGAAUGUCUACCCGUUGAACCCAGGACUUUAACGAAAGGAAAGGUGUAUUGACAGAGCGAAGAAGUCCUUGUUUCUUUAUGACUAGCGAACAUGUUCUUUGUUGUCACCUAAGGGGUGGAUUCGCCGAGCACAUGGAAGUGUCUACUGGUUAAACCGAGGACUAUAACAAAAGGGAUCCAGAGCAAAGACGUCUUUGUUUUAAUGUGAGAGCAAAAAGAAGUCCUUCAUUUACCGAGUUCAGUAGGUGUUACCUCAAUGAGGUUUGACUCACUUGGUUGUUGUUAACUCCCAUAGAUGACGCUGACCCCACUCAGCUAGUUGAACAUGGUUUUAACAAAGUAUACACUAAGCUUCAGAGAAGUUGUUUAAAACUCACUGAGUAGAAGUAAAGUCAUUGGCUGACUUUGUGGAAGCUGAGUGAGUUUGUGUAAGCUCACUGGGCUUACUUAACUCAUUGAGUACAAGUAAACUUAAUUGAGUGAACUUAAGCUGAGUGAGUUUGUGUGAACUCACUGAGUGGAAGUUAGACUCAAUUGCUGACUUGGUGUAAGCUGAGUGAGCUUAUGUAAACUCACUGGGUUUAUGGUAACUCGCUGAAGUAGUGUAAACCGACUCGGUGCAAUUUUACUGAAUUGGUUUAAGUGACAAAUUCAGUGACAUCAAUUGAGUUGAUGCAAAGAAUUUAUAUGGAUAGUGAAAUAUUUUUGGACACGAGAUAGCUUAGAUUUGGUUAAAUAUUCUGCCAAUCCACUUCCUAAGGCCCUAUGACAAUCAUGCACAUUGCAAGCUUUUGUGUCACCACCGUGUUUUGUUUAUUGUGUUUAUCAUGUACAGUACAUGUGUAUUCAAUUUUGUUUCAGAGAAAAUCUAAGAAAGUCAAAAACUCGCCAGGUCACAAGAGAUGAAAGGUUUUUGCUCUUGUUAUGAUCCCACCUGUAAAUUUCUAUAAGUGGUGAUGUAAAGAGUUUUUAAAGAGGGGCUCUGAGGUCAAAUUCAGCUUUGUGAUCCACAAAUUUACCGAAAGCAAAGCAACAGCAAAGCUGUUUAGAGUAAAAUUAACAAAAAAAUUCUAGUUGGCGUGCUUUCAUAUUCAGAUUAUUAUAACAAUAUUACAGAUAUUGGCUUUAACUUUUCAAAUCAAGUAUAAAGUAAAAUCAUAUUGGCCAGCUUAAUAUAAUGCUUGAUCACACCUGAGGGGGUCUGAAAACCCUUGGUAUUUGUUUUAACAAGGUUGGGGUGUUACGUUUGAUUCUGUUUGACCAAUGACUGCUACUUAACUUAUUUUGGGAAGAGUUGCUCGCCCCAAACUUAGUUAACUUUUUGAGAAAUCAACCCCUGGCAAACCACCAAUAGUUUUGAUUCCGAUUUCCGAGUUACCUUCAGGGUACAGGAUUUGUUAAUACAUAUAUUGAGGUUUCUGUUCAUCCAACUUGAUGAGCAGUGUACAGUUUUGAAAACAAAUUUGGCAUUUCACCUUAGGCUACCUAAACAUUUCCGAAUUCUCUUUAUUCCUUGUUUUUAAAGAUGUAUAUAUUGGAGUCAUAAAUACAUUUACAUGUAGUACUUUAUAUUGAGACACUCAGAGAGACUGUACAUAAACUUAAUGUAUUUAAUUAUGCAAGAUAUGUAUGAUUCAGACAGUGUAAAUUAUGUUUUGUGAUUUUUGUUUUCUUUCCUUAAAAAUUAUGGACACUGAGGUUAACGAAUGCAGGGUAUAAUAUCGACUGAAAUCUUCGGGCGUGAGUUGCAAACAGAGAUUGUUCUAUCUGACAAAACAAUUGAAACCGUUUGAAGUUUGUAAUUAAGUAUACCUCAAAGGGCGCCCUAUAUUACUCAAAUAACAUGGUCUCUCCCUAAACCAAUGUUGUUCAUAUACAUUUAAAGAUGCAGAUACGCAAUGUGGUGGUUCUACACUUUACUAUGUUAACAGGUAAAGAUCAAAUCUCCUUAUUUGGGACUGUUUUCAAACCAUUCUUAAUAAUUUAUAUGCACUUUGUGUCAUUGGAAUGUUGAAUGAUAAUAAAUAAAAAAAGUAUACUAAACUAU